UCUCCUCCCCGCCCCGUCCCCGGCCAUCGCAGCAGGCAUGGGCUGUUUCUGCGCGGUCCCGGAGGAAUUUUACUGCGAAGUUUUGCUUCUGGACGAGUCCAAGCUGACCCUGACUACACAGCAGCAGGGCAUCAAGAAGUCAACGAAGGGGUCGGUUGUCCUGGGCUACGUAUUUCGUCACUUAAACCUGGUGGAAAUAGAUUACUUUGGACUGCGCUACUGUGACCGAAGUCAUCAAACGUACUGGCUGGAUCCUGCCAAGACCCUCGCGGAACAUAAAGAAUUGAUAAACACUGGACCACCUUACACUCUGUAUUUUGGCAUUAAAUUUUAUGCAGAGGAUCCGUGUAAACUUAAGGAAGAAAUAACAAGGUAUCAGUUUUUCUUGCAGGUAAAGCAAGAUGUCCUACAGGGCCGUUUGCCUUGUCCAACCAACACUGCAGCACAGCUGGGAGCAUACAUAAUUCAGUCUGAGCUGGGGGACUAUGACCCGUACAAGCACACCGCGGGUUACGUCUCCGAGUACCGCUUUGUUCCYGACCAGAAGGAAGAGCUGGAGGACGCCAUAGAGCGGAUACACAAGACUCUGAUGGGUCAAGUUCCUGCUGAGGCAGAAGUGAACUACCUAGGGGUGGCCAAGUCUCUGGAAAUGUAUGGAGUGGAUCUCCAUCCUGUUUAUGGUGAAAACAAAUCUGAAUACUUUUUAGGAUUAACACCCAUAGGAGUUGUUGUCUACAAGAAUAAAAAACAAGUAGGAAAGUAUUUCUGGCCUAGAAUUACAAAAGUUCACUUCAAGGAAACACAGUUUGAACUUCGAGUCCUGGGAAAAGAUUGCAACGAAACUUCCUUCUUUUUUGAAGCACGUAACAAGGUCACAUGCAAACAUCUCUGGAAGUGCUGUGUAGAACAUCACACAUUUUUCAGGGUGCCAGAGAAUGAAUCMAACUCUCUGUCAAGAAAAGUCAGCAAGUUUGGAUCCAUAGGUUAUAAACAUCGGUACAGUGGCAAAACGUCUUUGCGAAUGACCAGAGACCCUUCUGUGCAGCUUCCGCGGCCUGGCCAGAGCAUUGAAAGGAGUCGCAGCAAGACUUACCCCAAAAGAACACAACAGACAGGUUCUAAGAGCGUGAGCCAGAUUACAACAAAUGGGGAAGACGAAGGAACAACCAAAAUUAUUGCACCUUCUCCAGUAAAAAGCUUUAAAAAGAUGAAAAAUGAAAACAGUCCAGAAACGCAAAGAAGCAAAACAAGCGCUCCAUGGGAGGAAAAUGGCCCACAGAGUGGGCUGUACAAUUCUGCCAGUGACCGCAAUAAAUCACCGAAGUUUCCCUACUCACGCCGAAGGAACCCGUCUGGUGGCAGUGAGAAUGAGCCUGGGCAGCCAGUUCGGAGGAGGAAAAAUCAAAACAGUGGUGAAGAUUCAGAUUUAAAGCAAAGGAGAAGGUCACGGUCCCGCUGUAACACCAGCAGUGGCAGCGAAUCCGAAAACUCCAACAGAGAACAUCGGAAGAAGAGAAACAGAUUACGGCAAGAGAAUGAUAUGGUUGACUCGGCUCCUCAGUGGGAAGCUGUGCUGCGGCGGCAGAAGGGAAAAACCCAGGCAGAUCCAAACUACCGGCGAUCCAGGCACAGAUCUCGAUCGAGGAGCCCAGAUGUACAAGCAAAAGAAGAACUAUGGAAACAUAUUCAGAAGGAACUUGUGGAUCCAUCUGGCCUAUCUGAGGAGCAGUUGAAAGAAAUUCCGUACACUAAAGUAGAGACUCAAGGCGACCCCAUCCGCAUCCGGCACUCACAUUCCCCUCGCAGCUACCGGCAAUACCGGCGCUCCCAGUGCUCCGAUGGCGAGAGAUCUGUCCUGUCUGAAGUGAAUGUCAAAACUGAUCUGGUCCCUCCACUGCCUGUCACACGAUCUUCAGAUGGUAAAGGUCUCUGUGUCCAGUUGACUCAACAGGGUUGAAGAGGUUCACACAAAGAGUGCCCACCCUACCCUUCAGCACUGCAAAAGUCCCCAGUGUCUGUGGUGUUAAAUGUCUGGAUGAAUUUCACGGGCUCAUGUCCUACCAGCAGCAGUGGUAAAGCAUUCAGUUAAUCUCUGUUGCUCAAGUAAACUUUCACAUUGCAUUGAUGAAACUUUUUGAUGUAAGUAUUUUCAAGUACCCAACUUGAAGUUUUAUCACUUCACUGAAUAUCUGGGUUUUUUUCCCUCAGRAAAAAAAAAAAAAAAAGCAAAGCCAGAAAUGAAAACUCCAGUGAUGUAGCACUGGAUCAUUGUUUAACUAUUGACUUAAAAGUUUUAUGGCUUCAAAAACUUGGAUGACUUGUCACACCCUUGGGUAUGUAGAUACACAAAUCACAGUUUCAGCAACAAAGAAAGAUUUGAUAAUGCUUCUACUUUUUAUUAAUGCCUUGUUUGUACUAAUGAAUUUUGGGCUGACUACACUAGUCAACUUUUCAAUGGUGUUGGCUUUUUCAAGCCUUUACAGCAAAGCACUAUUUGGCAUACAAGGUUCAAACCUUUCAUAUUUUUUUACCAGUCUUUUAACAUUUCCAAUCCUUGUGUUUAGAACUGCUGCACAAUAUCACAUCCCUAAAAGCAAACAUGAAAAUGCAUGUCUUUGUUUUGGACACAGACAGUGCAUACUGGCUGAACAAGCCACCCAUACCAAACCUUCUACUUUAUAGUUUCCACUUUGCUCUUGGUGAUAAGAAUACAGCCAUCAAGCUGAUCUCAUUCCCACUGUUUCAGCUCUAAUUUCUGCUCUAAAGUCAUUAUGCCAAACUUCCUUUUCAGCAGAAAGUCUGCUUCAUUUUAGGAGUAAGCUACAGGACAGAGUUGCACAAGGAAUUAUUUUUACUCACAGCUGU